AUGGGGAGGCCACCGUGCUGCGACAAGGUGGGCGUGAAGAAGGGGCCAUGGACGCCGGAGGAGGACAUCAUCCUGGUGUCCUACAUCCAGGAGCACGGCCCCGGGAACUGGAGGUCGGUGCCCAUCAACACCGGCCUCAUGCGCUGCAGCAAGAGCUGCCGCCUCCGCUGGACCAACUACCUCCGUCCCGGCAUCCGCCGCGGAAACUUCACCACGCACGAGGAAGGCAUCAUCGUCCACCUCCAGUCCCUCCUCGGCAACAGAUGGGCGGCGAUCGCGUCUUACCUGCCGCAGAGGACAGACAACGACAUCAAGAACUACUGGAACACGCACCUCAAGAAGAAGCUCAAGAAGCAGCAAGCCAUCGGCGCCAUCUUCGCUCCGCCGCCACCAUCCUCCAGCUCUGCCGAGCCAGCUGCCAACCUCGCCGCCACCGGACACCUCGACCAACACCACCUAUACCACCACCACGACCCGAUGGCCGCUUUCAGCUCCAACGACCGCUACAACGGGGGCGCCCGAGCGGGGUACAGCAUUCCGGAGGUCACCCAAACUACGAUCACCAUGCGUCCCUCGCCGUUCGCUGACGUUGCCACCGACUGCUCCUCCUCCUCCUACGCCUCCAGCAUGGACAACAUAUCCAGGCUCCUCGGCGGCUUCAUGAAGAGCUCCCCGCCCGCCGACGUCAAACCCAACAUCGCCAUGGCCAGCGACCCUUUCCUGUCCUUUGAGCGCAUGUCUGGCACCGGCGCCGACCUGGCGUUCGUCUCCGGCAUUCCGCACCAGCAGCCGCCCCAGCCGGCGUUAAUGGGAGGCGCCAGCUAUCACGACGAGACCACCGGACAGGAGCUGCUGCAGCAUCAGGCACCACUGUGUUCGAUCGAGAAGUGGCUACUCGACGAGGCCGCCGAGCAGGUUGCCGAUCUGAUGGACCUUUCCGAUGGCUGCUCCUCCUUGCCAAUGUUGUAUUAG